GCAAUCUAGAUAUAUAAUUGAAUAAUUUUUCAAUAAAUCUUAAGUCUUAAGAUAAUAAUGGGUGACGUAGUUCUAGAGAAUCCUUUUAAAUUACUUAUAAAACAUUUAAAAAUAGCAACUAAAAAAGAUGAUCAAAAUAGUUGGAUAGUAGAAAUCAAUGCAAAUGUUAAUAAUCUGAUGGUAUCGAAAAAAAUUGAAUUUAAUACAAUUUGGAUACAAACUACAUUAGAUCAAAAUACUAGCAACGAAAUAUUUUUAGUUAGUGAUGAAACUGGAAAGGCAAAAAUUACUAAUUGUAAAGCUGCCGCUGCUAUUGAUAUGAAUUGGACGAAAGGUAUGUACUGUAACGUAAUAGGAACAUUAGUACGAGUAAAAGGUAUACCAGAAAUUCAAGCUCAACAAAUAAUCCCAAUAUGUGAAAAGGAACGAAUCACAUUAUUAAAACGUAUAUGGCCAAUUGAAGUACAAGAUUCUCAUCUAUUUUUAUUAGACGUAAUGCAUCCUAACUUAAACGAAGACUGAAUAAAAUAAAUGAGGAAAUUUUUCUUAAGAAUACAUAAAAUUUAUAAUGUCUCAAUAAUUUUACGCAACGUUUUAAUAAAAAAGAAUCUUAUAUUUAUUGCAUCGAGAUAUCAUCCCUUCCAUACGAUUUUAGUAACAAUAGUCGAGGAAAUACUCAUCCAGUUGUCAAAGGUAUCCGAUUUUUCUUAAUUUUUAGGGUUCCAAUUAUUUGUAUCCAAACUAUAGACAAAAAAACUUCCUGAUUAUUCGAAAUGUUCUUAAGAAAAAAUCUACAGAAUCAAUUGGGAACGUUUUAAAAAUUGAUUGCUUGAUGAAGCAAGCAUUAAUUGGUGAAAUUUUGCGUAAAAUAAUAGUUAAUUAAUUUUUGAUAGACCUUCUUGACAGAAAUGAAUCUUUGUA